AUGGGCGCUGCACCUCUUCUUGUGUGCGCAUGCCCCUUCCGGGGGUGCAGGCACGACAGGCGCCGCUGCGGAUGUAGUGUGGCCUGUGGGUGCUGCCCACAUCUUUUUUCCUUUUUUCUUUUUCUCUUAUUUGCGCUUGUCUUGCUGCAGGGCCGUGUGCUUUUUGCCCUGGGUCGGAGUCUGCGUCGUGCGUGGUGUGCGUCCUGCGCUGCACGCUGGGCGGCUGCCUUCUCUGCAUUCAGUUUGCCCUCUGCGUGCGUGUCCGCCGCACACCUCCCUCUCCUCUCUCUUUAUCUUCCUUGCUGCUCUCUUCGCCCUUCACCGUGCAGACCGGCCCAGCGCCAAUCAACAAGAGCCAUGAAGCUUCAGAGGUGCCGUCUGCUGUACUUGUUGCUUGUUCUCGCCCUCUGCUGCUUCCCGUCCGUGUGCGUGACAGUGGCCACUGGAAACAGUGACACGACCACAACGACGACAACGACGGAGGCGCCUGAGUCCACAAGUACGACGACGACGGUUGCCCCGAAUGGAGCUGGCAAGAAGGACGGCAGCUUCGGCGGCCGGGCGUGGGGGUGGGCCUCGCUGGUGCUCGCUGCGUUCACGCUGGCGCACGCCACCCUGUGCUGA